CUAAUGUCCAUACUCUUAAUAUGAUUUUUAAAAAGCCGCAAAUUAUUUUUAAUAAUGAGAAUAUUUCCAAGUUUGAAAUAGAUGUUAAUGUGAAACAAUCACUUUAUUAAUUUUUCGGUUCUUCGUAAAUUGCUUAAAGUUAUGUCAUGUCGUGUUGAUCGUAAUAGAGGUUAUGUCGCUGCACCUGUAUAGAAAACAACAUUGAACCACGUGUUUAACGUUAACUUAUUAGAAACAACUUCUGUGGUUCUGAAUUUUUUGGAUAGUGAAAUAAAAUGUCUUUUCGUGGUCGAGGCGGUGGCGGCGGCUUUGGUGGACGUGGCCGUGGUGGUGGCGGUCGAAACUUCGGGGGAGGCGGCGGAAGAAAUAGUUUCGGGGGUCGCGGAGGCGGAAGAAACUUUGAUCAGGGACCACCCGAGAGAGUGAUUCCUCUAGGUUACUUUGAUUACACUGUACAAGAUGAUUUAGUUGCUAAAGUAGAAAUAGAAGACGUUCCAUUUUUCAAUGCACCGAUUUAUUUAGAAAAUAAGGAACAAAUUGGAAAAAUUGAUGAAAUUUUUGGAAAUCUCAGAGAUUAUUACGUAACUAUACGUCUCGGAGAUGACAUAAAAGCUAGCAGUUUUAAGAAGAACCAAAAGUUGUUUAUUGAUCCAGCGAAAUUACUACCGCUCCAAAGAUUCCUCCCAAAGCCCCCAGGAUCAGUCCAGAAACGGGGUGGCAGAGGAGGAGGUCGUGGUGGAGGCCGUGGCGGUGGCAGAGGGGGUGGUAAUCGCGGCGGAUUUGGAGGAAGAGGCGGAAAUUUUGGAGGCCGGGGGGGUCGUGGAGGCGGCGGUGGUUUUAGAGGCGGUCGUGGUGGUGGAUUUGGCGGCGGUCGAGGAGGCGGCGGCGGCAAGAGAUGGUAGACUUAAAAUUCUGACCAUUUUCUGGUGCCCAUGUUUUAUUUUUGUGUAUGGCGGUUGUUUCAGAAAGAGUAAUUGAGUGUAUGAAAUUUUUAAUAGGAAAAUAAAUGAAUUUUCAUUUAUGAAAACCAUUAAAAAAGAACAAAUACGAG